AUGGCGUCUACUACCAAGCUCGACAUCGACUUCGGUGCUAUGAUAUUUGGCAAAGAAGGUGAAGAACAAGUCCGGACCUCAACCCUUUCAGAAUGUGCAGCCAUCCUCGACACCUUCCAAAAGCACGGCCACACCGGACUCCAUACGUCUCGCUUCUACGGUGGCGGCACCUCCGAAAACUACCUCGCCGAUCUCAAAUGGCAGGACCGCGGGCUUGUCAUGGACACCAAGUUCUUCCCCAACGUGACCCACCUAGACGCCAAGAGCAUGCGCGACGGCCUAUCCACCUCCCUCAAAGCGCUGGGCGGCGCCGAAAACCUAGAUAUGUGGUAUCUGCAUGCGCCCGAUAGAAGUGUGCCGCGCGAGGAAACCCUCAGGACCGUCGAUGAACUGUACCAACAAAGAAAGUUCAGUUGCUGGGGCGUCUCAAACUACCGGUACAUGUCUUGGGAGAUAGCCGCGAUCUGCGAGAUUUGCGCCCGCAUAGACUACAGGCGCCCGGAGGUGUAUCAGGGUGUGUACGACGCACUGAAGCGCACCAUCGAGAACGAGCUUCUGCCUUCGUUUAAUCCGCUUGCUGGCGGGUAUCUGACAAACCGAUAUCACCGCGGCACCGAAGAGUCCUCCAUCAAGGCAGGCAGUCACUUCGAUCCGAACAAAAUGCAAGGUAAGAUGUACUGCGCACGCUACUGUAAUGAUGAGUUUUUCGGUGCUCUCGAGAUACUGGGGGCAGCAGCGAAGCAGGAGGGUAUCCGGGAAAGCGAAGCGGCACUUCGGUGGAUGAUGCAUCACUCGCAGCUGGAUAAGAAUAAAAAGCAACUGAAGCAGAAUCUAGAGGAUUUUGAGAAGGUGGCCUUGCCUGAGGUGGUAGUGGUGGCUUUCGAACAGGGCCGAGACUUAUGCAGGGGCGUGACGUGGAAGCACAAUCAUUAGGUGGUGCUGUGUUGUGGAUAGUCUCCAAACUGUGGGAGCGACAUGAAUGGUUGCCUGGCUACUGUUCUGUAUGAUCACGACAGCAGUUCAAAUCGGUAAAUUGUCAGUCGUCCCAGAAUGAACUCUCAAGAUAUGGCGGUACUCGUAGGCUAACUUGAUGACG